GAAAACACUCAUUCAGCAUAUUUAGAACCUGCACUGAGAGCAAUGCAUUAUUACCCUAGGUCCUGAGGGUGGUCAUAGCCAUGGGAAUGCACAAAUAUGAACAAGACAUGGAAUCCUUGUGCAGCAAAUAACCUAAAUGUUGAAAGUUUGAGAGAUGUGAGGUCCAAAACAAAUGGCCUAAACAAUGAAAUAAUUCAGACUUGGAAAGGGGACUGCCAUUCAGGAAAGAUUUCAUUGUGGUUAGUUUUUCCGCUAGUUUCUUCAGCAUUCAUUCACUCAUGACUCCUGUCUACAAGGUGCCCUCCUCAAAGAGGCCACAGUAGUUGACCACAGGCCCAAGAGACAUAAGCAACCAUUAAAAUAGGGGAUAAACAAGCAUGAGACAUACACAGGGCCAUGGAUGUUGAUGAGAGGGAAUUUAGAAGACAGAGUUGGUAGCUUUUGAGCCGAUUCCUAAAACUAAAUAGGAGCUUACCAGGUGGAGAAGAAAGGAAAAGGAAGGUUUAAAAGGCACUGAGAAGAGUUAGAGCAGCUUGGUGUGGGGCGUUUGGAGAUGAGGUGUUAAGAUAUACUGCUCACAGAGUGGAAAAUCUUUGACUACUAGGCUAAGAAGUUUGGUUUUUUCCAAGGAGGUAGUGGGCAGCUGAAGAGAGAUCUGAGCAGGUGAGGUCCAUAAUAAAGAUCUUCGUUUUGUAAAUCUCCCUCUGGUACACCGGUAGGGUGAACUAGAGCCAGAUGGGGAUGAGGGCUCAGCCAAGGACGCCGACAGCGGCUGUAUCUUUGUGCCUGAGACUGCACCAGACGGGAGCCUAAACCAAGCAAGAGGAGUGGGGAUAGGGGAAUGGAAGGUGAAGAAAGAGUCUAUAUUCAGGACAAGGACGUACGCAGUUCUAGGAACCUCAUAGCCGCUGGGAAGACUCGCCUCCCCUUCCAGAUCCCUCUGGGGCGGAGCUCCGACGUGAUGCCUGGGGAACCACAUUUAUUCUGGGCAGUCCUCACGUUCGUCCGCAGUUUUAUGGGUCGCCACUCGGAUCUCCCACACCUGAACUCUUUCUCGUGGUGCUAGAGGAAUCCGUUCUCUUCCGCGCGUCCUUAUAUGCCUCUCCAGCAGAGCAUGGCUAGACGAGAUAAACCGCUCAGGAGUCCUCUGCCCAUACUAAAGAUGGCGACCUGCUGCGCUCACUCUGCGUGGGGGACCCGGUUCCAGGAGCCCAGUCUCACUAGGCGAGGCGCAGACGGAAGGGGCGUCUCUCUAGCUGGUUGUCAUUUCGCUCGGCUCGGUCCUGAGGAGAAGGACUCAGCCGCGGCUGCGGGACCCGGGCACCGGGAGGCGGUGGCGGCGGCGGCGGUAGCGGCGGCAGCAGAGGAGGAAGAGGAGGAAGAAGGAGAGAAGAAGAGGAGCCAGGCGGAGUCCACAACAACGACAGCGGGGACUUCGGGACCGGGGUAAAGCGACCGCGGCGGCGACGACGACGGCCCACACAACCGUGAGGAGAAACAAAAGCCUUCUAAAUUAUAGUUUUUGAAAAAAUCUGGGGGGAAAAAGAGCAAAGGGGGGGAGGUCCUUCUUUUUUAGAAUAACUGCGCUAGUGGGUUUUUCCUUUUUUUCCCUGUCCCCCCCCACCCCCCCCUCGCUGCGGAGAAUCGAACUGAGAGAACUGAACAAACCGCCCCUGGGUCCCAUGAGGGAAAAAAAACCCGGAGCCGCAGAGAGGGGAAGAGGCCGAAACCGCAGGACCUUCCAGGUCGCCCCCUUGGUCGCCGCACCCCCGGGCCGCCAGCUCGUCCUCGUCGAGUCUCGCUAAUCCCUCCUGAUCGCGACACCCUCGAGUGGGAGAAACGGGUGUUUCCAGCCCAUUUCAUGGGGGAGAGGAGGCCAGGGGGAGCCCAGGAACAGCGCCCGCAGCAAGACCUGCACCCAGAGCUUCAGGAACAGCCCCAGAGGCCAAAACUGCACCCCGUGAAAGAGCAGAAACAGGACCAGGAACAGCAGAAACCUCCCUGCAAUCAUCUUUCCAUUAGUCAAUGCUGAUUUCGCCUCCCACCCUAGAUAACCUAAUAUAAUCUAUAUAUAUAAAAUAUAAUAUAUAAUGUUCUUAAAUUAUUCCUGAUUUUUUUAACUAAGCUGCCAAGAAAAAGAACGUAUUCUCCCUUUAGCCCUAUUCUAAUUUUUAAUGUGAGUGAAUCUAAACUGCUGAAGAAGCCCAUAUGUGAUUGUUAAAUUAUAUAUAUAUAUAUAUUUUUACUCUGCGCAAUGCUUAUUCUUCUACAUUCAUAGAUGCUUGAGAAGCUGUGUUUUUGUCAUUCAUGUACGUUUUCCUUUGGAAAAAGAAAGCGCCUAUUUUACUAACCAAAGACUUGAUUUUUUACCCUCUUCAUUUUUAUUCCCUCCUAGAAAUAAGCCCAGCUGGAUUCAUGUCAAUGUUUUAAGAUUUUUCUUUAGGGUUUGUUUGUUUCAGAAACCAGAAUUCCAAAUCUGAACUAUUUAGGGUGAUAAGCUGCGAUCUUUGAGCUAGCUAAAAAUAAGGCAUUUCAAACAAGCAACUUAAAUUUGGCAUAGAGGAUACACAUACAAAGACGUGAGACAUCAGAUUGUCUUUUUUAUUAUAAGAUUCUGAGCCUAAAAAUAAUAAAUGGGGGAUUACGGGUUUGGAGUGCUAGUGCAAAGCAAUACUGGGAAUAAAUCUGCUUUUCCAGUCAGAUUCCAUCCACAUCUGCAGCCUCCACACCAUCACCAAAAUGCCACCCCCAGCCCUGCUGCUUUUAUAAAUAAUAACACAGCUGCCAAUGGCAGCAGCGCCGGGUCAGCUUGGCUCUUUCCUGCUCCGGCUACCCAUAACAUUCAGGAUGAGAUCUUGGGGUCAGAGAAAGCAAAAAGUCAGCAACAGGAGCAGCAAGACCCUUUAGAAAAGCAGCAGCUCUCCCCCAGUCCAGGUCAAGAAGCUGGAAUACUGCCUGAAACCGAAAAGGCAAAAUCUGAAGAAAAUCAAGGGGACAAUUCUUCAGAAAAUGGCAACGGAAAGGAGAAAAUAAGAAUCGAAUCACCUGUGUUGUCAGGGUUUGAUUAUCAAGAAGCCACAGGGCUAGGUACUUCCACCCAACCCUUGACAUCCAGUGCAUCGUCUCUUACUGGUUUCAGUAACUGGUCAGCAGCGAUAGCGCCUUCUUCCUCUACAAUCAUCAAUGAAGACGCAAGUUUCUUUCAUCAGGGAGGGGUCCCAGCUGCUUCGGCUAAUAACGGUGCUCUGUUGUUUCAAAAUUUUCCCCAUCAUGUCAGCCCUGGCUUCGGAGGCAGCUUCUCUCCGCAGAUUGGGCCUCUCUCACAGCACCAUCCUCAUCAUGCUCAUUUCCAACAUCAUCACAGCCAGCAUCAGCAGCAAAGGAGGUCUCCUGCCAGUCCCCAUCCCCCACCUUUCACACACAGAAAUGCUGCUUUUAACCAGCUGCCUCAUUUGGCAAAUAAUCUUAACAAGCCCCCCUCUCCGUGGAGCAGCUACCAGAGUCCCUCUCCUACACCAUCUUCUUCCUGGAGCCCAGGAGGUGGUGGAUAUGGUGGUUGGGGAGGUUCCCAAGGCCGAGAUCACCGCAGAGGGCUGAAUGGAGGAAUAACGCCCCUGAACUCCAUUUCGCCUUUGAAGAAGAAUUUUGCAAGCAAUCAUAUCCAGCUUCAGAAGUAUGCUCGCCCCAGCUCUGCCUUUGCUCCUAAAUCCUGGAUGGACGAUAACUUGAACAGGGCUGACAACAUUUUUCCUUUUCCGGAUCGCCCCAGGACAUUUGACAUGCAUUCACUGGAGAGUUCACUCAUCGACAUAAUGAGAGCCGAAAAUGAUUCGAUUAAAGGUCGUCUAAACUAUUCAUAUCCAGGAUCCGAUAGCUCUCUGCUUAUUAAUGCAAGGACAUAUGGGCGAAGGAGAGGUCAGUCUUCACUGUUUCCAAUGGAAGAUGGAUUCUUGGAUGAUGGCCGUGGGGAUCAGCCUCUUCAUAGUGGCCUGGGUUCACCCCACUGCUUCACUCACCAGAAUGGAGAAAGAGUGGAACGAUAUUCUCGCAAGGUGUUCGUGGGCGGAUUACCUCCUGACAUCGAUGAAGAUGAGAUCACAGCUAGUUUUCGUCGCUUUGGCCCUUUGAUUGUGGAUUGGCCGCAUAAAGCAGAGAGCAAAUCCUAUUUUCCUCCUAAAGGCUAUGCAUUUCUGCUAUUUCAAGAUGAAAGCUCUGUUCAGGCUCUCAUCGAUGCAUGUAUUGAAGAAGAUGGAAAACUCUACCUGUGUGUAUCAAGUCCUACCAUCAAAGACAAGCCAGUCCAGAUUCGACCUUGGAAUCUCAGUGACAGUGACUUUGUGAUGGAUGGUUCACAGCCUCUUGACCCACGAAAAACUAUAUUUGUUGGUGGUGUUCCUCGACCGUUGCGAGCUGUGGAACUUGCCAUGAUAAUGGACCGGCUGUACGGAGGUGUGUGCUAUGCCGGGAUUGAUACCGACCCUGAGCUGAAGUACCCAAAAGGAGCUGGGCGCGUCGCUUUCUCUAAUCAACAGAGUUACAUAGCUGCUAUCAGUGCCCGCUUCGUGCAGCUGCAGCAUGGAGAGAUAGAUAAACGGGUGGAAGUUAAGCCAUAUGUCUUGGAUGAUCAGCUGUGUGAUGAAUGUCAGGGGGCCCGUUGUGGGGGGAAAUUCGCUCCAUUUUUCUGUGCUAAUGUUACCUGUCUGCAGUAUUACUGUGAAUAUUGCUGGGCUGCUAUUCAUUCUCGAGCUGGCAGGGAAUUCCACAAGCCCCUGGUGAAGGAAGGCGGUGACCGUCCCCGACAUAUCUCCUUCCGCUGGAACUAAAGGAUAACUGCAGUGCUCAUUUUCAGGCCUCCGAAUAAGUGCACUCUUCUGUUCAUUCUGCCCCCUUCCUCAACCUCUUCAUGCUGGCAUGUCCUUUUGUGCAGUCUGUAAGCUAACAAUAGUCUAACGGAAAGAAUGACCUAUAAUAUAGGUGUUUUGUAGAUUCUUGUGUCACUGAAAACAAUAUGUACGAACUCCUUUUUCGUAUUGCCAUCAUGUUGCAGGGGAGUUUUCUUCUCUUGUUUUGCUGGAGAUACCAAGAGGGCCCAAACUUCCUGCAAUAUUUUCUUAGAGGAGAGAGAGAAAUAUUAAAAGAGAAAUGAAACAAUAGAGUAUUUUGGGGUUUUAAUUAAAUGAUUGUUAAUAUAACAGGUAAGAAUACUUUUAUUAAAGUAACCACGUAACAAUAACACUAUCAAUCUCUCCUGACUCGGGGUUUCCCCCAGGGAAGUGCUUUUGCCUUUCUCUUUCUUUUCUUUCAUUUUUUUGCUUCUCUCACUUCUUCCAUCCCCUUUUUAUUCUUUUAACAGCAAUGGAGGAAGUUAACAAUUAUUAACAGGAAAGAGCAUGUUAAAGCAAACAUAAAUGCACAAGCGAGAUUGAAGCAGCAUUAUAACAAACUUCAAAGGUUUAGAGGCGGAACAUAAUUUCAUUAUGCCUCGAAGUUACCACCACAUCAGAAAAAAAAAAUGGUAAAGUAGGCAGAGCUAGGUUUAUUUUCUUUUAAACAGGUUUUAAAAUUUAGACUGUAAAAAUUGGAUACAUUUACUUCUGAGGGGAGUGCACUUACUUAUUUUUAAACUUAUCUGGUCAGAGCCCCAGCAGACCUACCAAAGCUAGAAUGAAUGACAGCUGGUGGGAAAACUAGCAUUUCCUCUCCUAAAGAACAAAUAUAUAAAUUUUAUUUUUGAUGUUAUGUAUAAACUCUAUAUCCUAAUUUACUAACACUCAUCGGGUGUCAGCCUUUGCUCUCCAUUUUGACAUUAAAAAACAAAACAAAACAGAUCUAGAGAUACCUCAAGGCUAUGGUUUUUGAUUUUGUGUUAGACUACAUAUGUAGCCAAAACUGGAAGACAAAACCAAUAUUUAAAUUGGCUGCUGAUUGGCUUACUCUUAGAUUUAAAGUUACUUUGGGUAUCCUGUAAUUUAGUUGUAACAUAGAAGAUGAAAAAAAAAAGUUAAAAAAAUGUUAAGUAGUUGCCAAGUGUUUUGCACUGUCGAACUAAGUAACUGUGUAAAUCUGUGCAAAGGUACGUAUGUUUAUCUUACUCUUCCUAUAAAAUAACAUUACAGUUUCAGAACUUAGCAUGGGACAUAGUCAGUGUUUGAAGUGCCAACUCCAUCAAGUAAUGCAUGCUUUAUUAUAAAUAAAAUUCUAGCUUUUGAAAGGCGUUAUUAUGUGUUGAACAGUAUGCUUCAGGAGUAAACUGAAAUUAAGUCUCUUGAAGCCCUGGUCAUGGAAGUAACUUUUAUUUUUUUACAUUCUCGUACGAAAUGCCCUAUCCACCAUGGAAAGGAUUGUCACCAGUGUGCAAAACAUUAAAAAACAAAACAAAAAAACCUAAUGGCAAUCUUGCUGGUUGUGCUACCUAGCAGUACCAUCUUGGAUCCUUCCAAACCAAAGACUUGCCCCAGCACUACGGUGGAACCACCUGGCUGAUGACCCCUACUGAUCAUCUUUAGGAAACUCGGUCCUUUAUUUUGAACACAGGCUUUAAUGGACUAUUUACCUGUUAAGUUCCAAAGGUCAAAAUGGAGGCAUUUGCUGUCUAAUAAUCAGACGUAGAAAGGGAGCUGCUUUUAAAGACCCCCUGCAAAUAUCGAAAGCAGUCAUGCGAACAGAGGGUGCUCUGGUGAAGCUGGUCAGGGACUUUUUUUUUCUUUUCUCCUGAACUACAUAAUUCUAAUUGGAAUGUUCAUUGGCCUCUUUUUAAUUCUUUUCAGUGCUCGUAGGUGGCUUGGGGUGUGCUAUCGUGCUGUUCCCACUCAGUAAACAGGUGUGAUGAGUUAACAAGAAAUAACACUGUUUGAGAACUAGCUUUGAAUAAUAAUUUUUCCCUUUGUACAUGACCUGCUGAAUUUCGGUACAGUGUUUUUGUAGCUAACUUAUUUUGUCACGCACAUAAUGUAUAUUUGUUAUGCACUACUUUUGUAUAUCUUGUUUUUCCAACAGUGAACAUUUUUAGGCACACUUUUCACUGACGGGAUAUCUCUUUAUGCAAUACCUCAAUUUUUCAUAUUGCAAAGAGUAGCUUUUUGUACUUUUAUUACCGAGAGAUCUUCAUAUACUUCAUUUUUUAAUAUAAAUAAUUUUAAUAAAUUUUAUUUUCUUAUAUUCUGCUUUUUAUACAUUUCAGUGCUCUGCAUACAUUUUAAAUUAUGAAUGUCGUGCACUGGCAAUGCUAUUUUAGAGUCUGCAGAGAAGAGAAAGCAUGUUGCUUAAACAUCCUUCCCCAGCACCAGCUAUUGGUGUACCUAUAAUUUAAGAAAUAGUCUAUGUGAAGUCACAAAUUAAUGAAAAAAAAAUUCGCAUGAAAAUGACAAGAUAACACUGUAGUUCCUUAAAAAAAAUUAAAUUCAUAAGCAUAGGGUAGAAAUUUAAAAUAACAAAAUUGUCUACAGCUUCUUACUAAGUUUUUAAAAUGAAUUCGUAACGCAGACAUUUUUGGUGAAUGUUUAGCCAUUUUUAAUAUUAAUAAAUUGAUGUUACGUGUUUGAUUCAGAGAUGUCUGCUCUUUUAAAUUAUACAUAAAGAAAAAAAAAUAGCCUGCCGUGAGACAGGUGUGUAAUGUUAGUAUGCAUGACUAAUGUAAGAAAUUGUUAUUCUACUAAUAUUUACUUGUGAUUGUGUGACAAGCGUGUUUACAGAUUAUUUGGUUACACUUCAAUUUACAGGGCAUAAACAAUUAUUAUCUAUUACUCUGAACUUUAUUGAUUACAUGUCCUUCAGAUUACAUGGGAUUGUAGUUGGGAGUUACCAUGUAACUCAAAACAUAAUUAACAUGUAAUUAGUUUACAGAUUUUAGGGUCUCACUUCAAUUUACCAAGCAUGUAGUUCUAGCGCACUAGCAUGGCACCCGCCAUGUACUUACAAUGUAGUUACAGAGUAAUUACAUGGUUAUUUUUGCAAUGUAAAAUAAAGUGUUUCUGAUUAUUUUCUAUGUAAAGGAACCCUCUUCCUUCCCCUUCUGGUCCCCACGCUUUGGUAUAAUAUAUAUACUUCUCCAUACACAGACCUCUGCAGAAUGCAAAAUAAAACUUGCAGUGAAUGAAUUGAGCAUUUUAUGAGAGUGCUGUUGGAAAGACUUGAUAAUUCACCCUUUUUGUUUUGAAGAGUUGAAUCUUCUGUUAAAAGGUGAUUUAAAACUUGAAUGUGAUGAAUUGUGGCAAGUUAACUUCAAGUUAUGUGCAAUACUUAUUUCAAACUUUUGAAAGAUCUUUGCAGUGUAAUUCUUUGUUUUUAAUUGCAGACAUUUAAAAUGUCAUUUUCUACUGUUAAGAGUAAUCCUCUUUCUUGCUGGUGUUUCUAAAGAAAAGAAUCAGAAAUCAAUCUUUCUACUAAUGUAAAUUUGAGAUUAUUUUUAAAAAUGGAAUAAAAGAGGUUUUGGUCAUUUGCUUUAUUUUAUUAUCUUAUUUUAAAGCUACUGUGAUUGAUAGCAUUGUAAGAAUUGGGACAAUAUUGUAUUCAACUGUUUUAUUUUUUAUAUUUUUAAAAUUUAAAGUAUAAUUAGUUUUUAUAAUUUUCAUCAGAUUUUUGUUAUAUUUUUUGGAAAGUGAAACUUUUAGCAAGUGGGUGUCUAGUUUUUACUAAUCCCUAAUUUUUUUUUUCCAGUGUAUUGCUCAUAUUAUCAGAAGGAAAAGUUAUUUAAGUAUGUCAGUUAAUUGUACUACUUGGCUGAAUUUCCAUAUAGUUUUUACUGUGUAUGGGGAGGUUGUAGUAUUUAUUAUAGCAUUUUAAAUAAGGGUAAUUCAUUUUUUAUUAAAGUCAUUUUCACGUUAAGUUCCUAUUUUUGUAUGUUCUACUCCUAAGUUAUAUAACACAGUUCCUUUUUUAAAAAGAGUUCAUUUGUUGAAGUGCUAGUGGAAAAAAUUAAUGUUAUUAAAUAGUUUGCAAAUGACUAUUUAUACCAGUAUGCAUAUAAUUUUUAAAUAUUUGUAAUGUGAGAUGUUGAAUGAAUAAAACUUUUAACUCA